AAAUGAUUACGCAUCCUGCUGGUUUUAUUGCCGACUUGUUGCAAGGCUUGUAUCAACCACAAUGGGUGAUUAGUAGCCUAAUUAGUCAGUCAUGUAGAUGUAACAAUAACGUUUUCAGUGCGAUUUUGUAAUGGGAACGAAGUGGUUUGUUUAUUUUCCUUCAAUAAACUGUUUCUCCUUGCAUACAACUAAGGGAACAUUUCGGUCGGCCAACAGCCAUUCAUGUUUACAAUUAUAGGAUAGAGGUGAAAUCUGCAGCGUUACCAAACACGCCCAAAUAAACUUGGUGCGGUCAAAUAUUGUCAAAGAAAAUUGUUUAUAUUUCAGGUGAUAAUGUCUCGAGUUCUCAUAGUUGGUGCAGGUUUGACAGGCAGUUUAUGCGCUUGUCUUCUGCGAAGAGAAAUGCCAAACAAAGUUAUUGUGGUCUGGGAUAAAUCGGGAGGAGCAGGAGGAAGGAUGUCCACCAGCAGAAGUCCGUCUGAUGCCUCCUGUAUAGUUGAUCUUGGUGCACAGUACAUUACUGCCACGACAUACUACGCCAAAAUGCAUCAAAACUUCUAUGAAGAGCUGCUGGCCCAUGGUGUUCUGAAGCCUCUGGUUUCCUCUGUGGAAGGGGAGGUGAUGAAGGACGGAGGCCAUAAAAACUAUGUCAGUCCAACAGGAGUGUCCGCCAUCGUCAAACAUUUCCUUAAGCAGUCAGCAGGGGCAGAGGUGUUCUUUGACCACCACGUUACCCACAUCUACCAGAAGGGUGCCAUCUGGGAGGUGUGUCGGAAGGGCGGGGCCCCGGAGCAGUUUGACUCCGUGGUCCUCACUAUGCCAGUACCGCAGAUCCUACAGCUGCAAGGAGACGUGUGCUCCUUGCUAGAGAAGAGUCAGCGGCAGCAGCUUGAGGCGGUGAGCUAUUCGUCGCGCUAUGCACUGGGCCUCUUCUACAAAGCCCAGGAUCACAUCGACGUCCCCUGGGCCGCCAAGUACAUCUCCAAUAAUCCCUGCAUUCGUUUCAUCGCCAUUGACGAUAAAAAGCGCAAUUUAGAAUCCCCUGAGUGCGGUACCUCCAUGGUGGUUCACACCAGUGUUCCCUUUGGUAUCAAACACCUGGAGGAGGCAAAGGAGCAGGUGGAGCCUCUCAUCCUAGAGGAGCUGAACAAGCUGCUGCCCGGCCUGCCACAGCCCGACAGCAUCAAAUGCCAGAAGUGGAGAUACUCGCAGGUGAGGAGAUCGGUGGCCGACUGCCCGGGGCAGAUGACACUGCUGUCCCAGCCUCUGUUGGUGUGUGGGGGCGACGGCUUCACGCAUUCCAAUUUCGACGGCUGUAUCGAGUCUGCCCUGAAGGUGUUUGACGUUCUGAAGCACUCUCUCUGAUGCCGCCUUCUGAAGUUGGGAGUAUAGUGUGGUGGGUUCUAUGUGUACAGCAUGUUAGCCCAGAGAGGGGGGGCAUGAAACUGAUCUGUUCUACAGAUUCCAUCCAUCCACAGAGAUGGGGGGGGGGGGGGGGUAAUGAUCUAUCUCUAAAUGGAUGGAAUCUGUUAAAACAGAUUUGUUUCAUCCACUGAGGUACUUGAUAUGUUGUGUGAUACUACAGUCAACACCAUAUGUAUUUGGACAGCGAAGCUACAAUUUAAAAUGUCUCUUUACUCCAGCAUUUUUGGAUUUGAGCGACAGUACAAAAUGUCACCCUUUUUUUUGAGGAAAUGUUCAUAUAUAUCUGUUUUUACGGUUUAUGUAUCUUGUACCCCUAUUUGAAGAAGGCAUAAGUAUUCGGACAAAUUCACUAACAGUGUAUUAAAGUAGUCAAAAGUUUAGUAUUUGGUCCCAUAUUCCUAGCACACAGUGACUACAUCAAGCUUGUGACUACAAACUUGUUGGAUGCAUUUGCAGUUUGUUUUGGUUGUUUCAGAUAAUGUUUUGACCAAUAGGAACUGAAUGGUGAAUAAUGUGUUGUGUCACUUUUAUUAUAAAUGUGGAUGAAUGCCAUAAUGAAUGGAUAAUUGUGAAUGAAUUGUGAAUAAUGAUGUGAGAAAGUUAGAGGCACAAAGGGCACAAAGGGCACCCCCCCCACCCCCCCAAAAAAACAAAAAAACACCUGUUAUUGGUAAUAGUGUGGUAAUAGUGAGAUGUUAGCAUGUUUUGUUGUAGCCUUUGUAACUUUCUCACUCAUCAUUAUUAAAAAUCCUGAAUGAAUCAUGGCAUUAUCAGGAUUCAUUUAGAACUGUUCAGAAACAUGUGAUCUACUCACUUAGAAAAUGACUCCAGUCACCAUUCAGUUACUAUUGGGCAAAACAUAAACUGCAAAUACAACCACAGAGUUUGUCGUUACAAGCUUGAAUAUGGGACCAAAUACUACUUUAAUACACUAAGUGAAUUUAAGGGGAAGCAGGUAGCCUAGUGGUUAGAGCGUUGGGCCAGUAACACAGUAACCGUAAGGAUGCUGGAUCGAAUCCCCGAGCUGACAAGGUCAAAAUCUGUCAUUCUGUCCCUGAGCAAGGCAGUUAACCCACUGUCCCCCCGGCGGCCAAAGACGUGGAUGUUGAUUAUGGCAGCCACCCGCACCUCUCUGAUUUAGAAGGGUUGGGUUAAAUGCGGAAGACACAUUUCAGUUGAAUGCAUUAAGUUGUACAACUGAUGAGGUAUUCUCCCUUUUCCCUUAUGACUUCUUCAUAUGGGGGGACUCGAUACAUAUAGUGCCUUCAUUUCUAAAUGGUUACAUGGAUAUGUAUGAGAUUACCCUCAGUACAAAAUGUCACCUUUUAUCACCUCAUAUGAAACAUUUAAUCUCAAAUCCAAAAUAAAUGUGUGUUUUUUUAUUUUUUAUGUUUCACUGUCCAAAUACAUUUGGUGUUUAUAUGCUGGAGGAUGAACAGGAGUAUAUGCUGUGUUCAUGUGUAGUUUGAUGCAAAACAGGGGUCUUUAACACACCCCUUGACCUGCUCAUUUAAAAAGGUGUACAAUGAUUCUGUUCUAUUGCCUUGUUCAGGCAAAAUGAAAAACUGUACUUGUAAGUAAUUGUUCUUACUCAGGAUUUCUCUCUAAACACCUUAUUUUGGUUCAGCUUGAAUAAAAAUGUUUUCAAACUAUC